CUUGGCUUAUCGUGUGUUUAUCGGACGCAGAUCGAAAUCACAGAUUCAGAUAUCGAAGUGACCAUAGCUGUGACCAGUGUUUGUCCAAAAUCGAUUGUAAACUCACGAUUUAUAUUCUCCCGUGUACUUGAUUGCGUUAUUUUGGUUACCUAGCGAAUGCACAACACUGCGUAUGCGCAAUACCAAUCAAUUGUUUUGCCUGAUUUAACUUGUACCAUUUAAUUUGUGAACCUGAUUUCAAUUUAAUUUCGUCCAGAAAGACAUCAUAAAAUUCCAUAGCGAAAUGAUAUUGUGAUUUAAAGUGAAUUUAAAUAGUGAGAAAUUUUAAAAUAUUAUUUCAAUCAAAUUUAAAUACAACUGGCGUACGUCGACAAGGCAAAUUGUUUCCCACGGUUUCGUAAAAUGCAUUUCGAGACAUAACAAAAAUCCACCGAUUUACCGAAAACGUGUUGAUCAGAAUCGUUUAGAAAAUGGGCGACACAUUGGACGAGACGCUGCCCACGCGACGCGACAAGCCGCAAACAUUGAACGUUGGCCAGGAGGAGGAGGGUACCGCUACCGCUACCGCUACCGCUUCCGUUCCCCUUCCCGCUUCCGCCCCCACCGCCAUUCCUGCUCCCCGCCUACCGCGCAACCGGUUGCGUCAUGCAGAUCGCGAUCAGAAACGCGAUCACUCGAGCGACGGUGUCCUUGUGUCCGGUGGCGAACGGCGGGACGAAUUCGUGGGGCUCGACGCCCAGCCGCGCCGCGAGAGUCUGAAUAGUUGCGAGGCCGGCAGUCCAUUGGCCAUGUCCUCCAGUCCCGGCAAGGCGAACCGGCUCAAUAGCUCCAGGUACCCGUCCGCCGGCUCCAGCGGCAUCGGCGUCAGUGUCCUGGGCGGCCUUGUGGGCACCACCACCCGCAAGUGCGUCCUCACGCUGGACGGGUACUCCUACGUCAUAGUUGCCAGCACGCCGGAGAGUUUGCCCAGCAAGCGGGACGAGGCCAGUGUUGGGGCGGGCACCACCGGCAGCAGUGGUGCGGCAUCGAGCAGCAGUGGUGCAGCGAGCGGUGCGGCGAGUGGGUCAGCUGGAGCAGCAAUUGGAUCUGGAACUGGAGCCGGAGCCGGAGGAGCAGGUGGCGUCAGUACGCCAGCCCAGGAAGCCUCCAGUCCCACAGUCUCUGAGCUCAGUGGCAGCGGCUCAAAUGCGACAAUAAAUGGUCAAGUGGCAAGACACGGCUCACUGACGAUUAUCCGACGCACGAACAGCCGGAACUUUACGCAAAUCGACGCCCAGCUGGCAUCGCCUUCAGCCACCGCCUCCAGCUCCACAGUCCCAGGGAUUGGCUUCGCCCAGACGCCGCUUAGUGAGCCACUCGCGGAGCGCCUGAGCUUCCGUUCCGGCAGCAACGGAUCCGCGUCCGCCGGCGACAGCCGCUCAAGCAAUCAGGGCCCCAGUACCGGACCAUCCGCCACCGCCACCGCCGCCGCCGCCAAAAUGCAGCCAUCAUCGCCGAACGCCACCAACUACCUGGCCGACAACAUUCAGAUCUCGUCGGCCAACCUGUCGCAGACCGAAAUGGUCGGCGGUCGCGAUUCGAACGACUACACGGCCGCCCACUCGAUCAACGUCGCCGGCAACAACUCGUUCCUGCGCGGGGACACCGAUAUUCCGCAGGAGUCGGGACACUCCUUCGAAACGCCCUCGAGUAUCUCGUUCGCCGCCGGGCAAUGGGACACGGAGAGUUUGCCGCCAGUCGACACGCCAGAUGCCCUUAACAAAGCGGCCGGGAGAAUACGCAGUCUUCUCCGCCGCAUGGAUCAUGAGACCGUGGCCUACGAGGACAUGCAGCGCAAUCUGCACUACGCGGCUCGGGUACUGGAAGCCGUCUUCAUUGACGAAUCAAGAAGCCCCACAUCAGGUAAAACAAAGUUGGGGCAGAUUGCGUCCUCAUCCGUUGAAAGCGAAGAAGAGGGCUGCAAUGGCAACUGCAAGAAUCUGAACUGCGGGCGCCAUAGCCACGGACGCGAUGAUCAGCAGCAGGAUAACAAUAACUCCAACAGCAGCUGCAGCCUGCAGGAGGCGGCAGCUGGAGCGGGAGGUACCGCACCGGCGGUUGUCAACCAGGAAAGCAUAGAGGGUCGCACCAAAGGCGUUUCACUGGCCCCGCAGACGCACAGUGGACCCACCGGUCCGCCGCCGGCGACAGAUACAGCUCCCACCUCAGCCCCAAAACUACAGCCCGCCCUAGAGACCGUGAGGGAAUCGGUGAUGGAGGAGGGUCCAGCCAAGUGCCUCGAGCCAAGUGCCAAGGCGGCGGAGAGUGAUGCCAAGGCGGCGGAGAGUGCAGACAGUGCUGCCAAGGCGACCAGCAGUGGCAGCUGCAGUAACAGCAACCCAGCGACCGUGCACCGGCAACGGCGCCUGCGGACACCCACCUGGGCCAGGUCCAUGUCGACGAACAAAACGCGCCUGGCGGACGAGGACGAUGAGCUGUCGGAGGUGCAGCCGGAUGCAGUGCCGCCGGAGGUGCGCGAGUGGCUGGCCUCGACCUUCACCCGCCAGAUGGCCACCAGCCGGCGCAAGAGCGACGAGAAGCCCAAGUUCCGAUCGGUGGCCCACGCCAUCCGGGCCGGCAUCUUCGUGGACCGCAUGUACCGCCGCGUCUCCAGCUCGGCCCUCACCGCCUUCCCACCGGACGUGGUGAGGCUGCUCAAGAACCUGGACGACUGGACAUUCGACGUGUUCGCGCUGACGGAGGCGGCCAGCGGGCAGGUGGUGAAGUACGUGGCCUACGAGCUGUUCAACCGCUACGGCUCGAUCCACAAGUUCAAGAUAGCGCCGGGGACGCUGGAGGCGUUCCUGCACCGCGUGGAGGAGGGCUACUGCCGCUACCGGAACCCGUACCACAACAACCUGCACGCAGUGGACGUGAUGCAGACGAUCCACUACUGCCUGUGCAACACGGGUCUGAUGAACUGGCUGACCGACCUAGAGAUCUUCGCCUCGCUGCUGGCGGCCCUACUGCACGACUACGAGCACACGGGCACCACCAACAACUUCCACGUGAUGUCCGGAUCGGAGACGGCGCUGCUGUACAACGACCGAGCCGUGCUGGAGAACCACCAUGCCAGCGCCAGUUUCCGGCUGCUGCGCGAGGACGACUGCAACAUUUUGUCGCAUCUGUCGCGCGAGGAGUUCCGUGAGCUGCGUGGCCUCGUCAUCGAAAUGGUACUGGGCACCGACAUGACCAACCACUUCCAGCAGAUGAAGGCCAUGCGACAGCUGCUGACGCUCCAAGAGGCGACCAUUGACAAGCAGAAGGUGCUCUCGCUGGUGCUCCACUGCUGCGACAUCUCGCAUCCGGCCAAGCAGUGGGGCGUCCAUCAUCGCUGGACCAUGCUCCUGCUGGAGGAGUUCUUCCGCCAGGGCGAUUUAGAGAAGGAGCUGGGCCUGCCCUUCAGUCCGCUGUGCGACCGCAACAACACGCUGGUCGCCGAGUCGCAGAUCUGCUUCAUCGACUUCAUCGUGGAGCCCAGCAUGGGCGUCAUGUCCGACAUGCUGGAGCUGAUCCUGGCCCCCAUUGCGCCGAUGAACAAGGGCAAGCCCUCCACUCUGGUGGAGCACGAGGCCACCGCCUCGUCCACUGGCAUCCACCCGCCCUCGGGCAUCACGCCCAGCAUGGGCAAGCCGGUCGACGCCCCCGCUCCCGCUCCCGCACCCCCAACUGCCACCGCCAACGCUCCGAAGCCCACCGCCGAGUUUCUCGCCCGCAAGAGCGCCACCGGAUCCACCGGCUCCAAGUUCAACAUACCCAAGCCCUGGCUGGCGUGUCUGGUCGAGAACAAGAAGAUCUGGAAGGAGCAGGCCGUCAAAGAUGCCGAGGCCCGAGCUUUGGCCACAGCGGCGGAGGAAGCUGCAGCCGCAGCAGCAGCGGCGGCGGCUGAAGAGGAGGAAAACAAGUCGGCUGCGGCGGAAACGGAAACGGCCGAUGGCGAACAAACUGAGGCAACUGCGGAGUCGGCAGAUGGCGCUGCCGACUAAAUUGGCAUCGGCGCCACCUGCCGGGCAGCGGCAGCAACCUGAAACAGAAACGGAAAAGCAGAAUUAGAAUACAAAAUACAGAAGGAAAUUUCGGAACGAAUUCGGAUUGUUACACUGAAAGAAACUGGGGGGACGGUUCCAAUAAUAAUGUUUACUAAGCUUAGAAGCAGCCUAGAAUAUUAAUUACAAACCGCUUCUGAUGCGCUCUCUAUGUGAAUUGUGGUAGAGUUAGACUAACGUACAUCAUCUAUAUAGGCCUAGUUGCGGAACAUUAAAAAUGAUAUAUAUAUAUAUAUAUAUAUAUAUAUAUAUAUAAAUAUAUAUAUAUAUAAAUAUAUGUAUAAAUACUGUAUACUUUGUUGUUGCAAGCGGAAAACAAACAAAAGAAAAGAAAACAUAAGGAAAUAUUAGGGACAAGCACAAAAACAAACAGACAAAAAACGAGUAGAUGUAAAUAGUGAAGAGUUCAACCGAAAUUUGUUGUGAAUUUGUUGGUUCGUUGCGAGCAUUUAUACCUAGACUUGAGUUGUACUUGUCUUUUAUUAGUUUUAGUCAAAUGUGGAAUUUAUUAUAUGAUUUCUAUAAGUUCGAUGUAUGUAAUUUCGUUAUCAUUAAAUACAUAUACUUUUGUAACCGUUUCCAUAUUUUAUUUUCGCCUUUAUUUCUGCGUUUUGCAUUUACCAACCACUCAAAUUGCUCAAAUUAGUGAGUGGUUUUCGCGAAGGGACGACAAAUUCGUCUAGAGCUGUCUAGAUAUUAAGUACCUAAAUAAAAACUAAACCAAAAAUUACCUGACAACUAGUUGUACGACUUGUAUAUACUUUCCACUAACCCCUAACAGACUUUCCCCAAAAACCAAAACGAAGGCAAAGGAUUUCUAUAACUUUCCACUCUACAAAUGCACAUAGCUACCUAUACAAAAGGAUAUUUAAUAUGUAUUGUUAAGGAUAUAAUAGUCACGUUUCUACAAACAUAUUUAUUUUUAUACGAGAGCGAGGGACGAAAGUGGGCGGACGACGGGAAGGGCUUGAGUCGCAGGAGGAUUUGAUUUCUUUUCGUUUCGGUUUUCCUUUCUUUAACCAACUUGAAAUGUUUUCAAACGUUUUUCAAAAUGUCUGAUAGCGGGACCAUUCUUUUAAGAUUUACCACUGCUCUUUACCACCAAACCGGGAAAUACCAUGGGUAAUACAACCGGAUAUGAGGAGAAAGUGGCGAAAGCGAAAGCGAAAGCGAAAGGGUGAACCCAACAGACAGCGUCAAAGGGCAGUGGUAAAAGUGCUUAGCAGUAAGGUACCAAAUUAUCAGCUGAAAUUGGGAUCAUAGCUUUAUUAAGGUAGUCGAUAAAUGUACGAACCAGUGGUGCAGAUGUGUAUAGCGUUGGGUGGCGGCAUACCAUGUCUACUAGUAGCCACAAAUUAAAAACAAACAAACAAACAAACAGAAAGAGAAACAAAAACAGAAACAGAACAAACGUACACAGCAGAAUAAUCUACUCCUAAACAUUAAUGGGAUAAACAUAGCGACAGAAUAUCUAUUAUGUGGAAGUAAAUAUUAUUGAACAAACAUGUAUGUUAAUGUAUAUCAAUAUUGAACGCUCAAAGCGAUGCGCAUAUAUAUAUAUAUCGUAUAUAUAUAGCGACCUCUCUCAAAAAUCUGUACAAAGUCCUGAUUAACCUAGCGUUAGUUGCUGUAACACAGGCUGCAGACCUUCAACCAAAAGCAAAGUUGUUAUUUAUCUCUGUUGAAAAAAUAAGCAAACUACAGAAAUACUAAUCGAACGUAUGCAUAUGGAUAUAUUUGAGGUUUACGAUUCAAUGUUAUUAGCAAAAAGUAGUCUAGUAGUACCAUAAACACACAGAAAAGACAAAAAUAUAUAUCAUAAUUCCAGCCAACGUUUAAAAGAGGUUUGUGACCAAAAUUUUGGGGCAGAUGCUAAUAAGCCCUGAGCUGAUGGAACGACAUGGAUACGAACACACAUGCAUACAGUAUAUAAGUUGAAAGCAAUCAUUACAUUUAAAUAAUAUAAACUAUUUAAAUAUAAAGCCCCUAAUAAUAAUCUAAAAAAUACAUUUUGUGUAAAUACAACUUGCACAGGAUGCAAAAAGAUGUAGGAAAUUAGCAAAAUGCACAUUAACUAAAGGUAACAAAAUAGCCAGUUCACACCACCCAAACAAAAGCGAAGUCGCAUAUUACUGAAAUCUGUAAAUAACCUUGUUUCAUCUGUUCAUUUCUAGCCCAGUUAUUUAUAUAUCGAAUAAGCAAACUAAUUGUGUACUUUACAAGUUUUCGCAAAUCAAAAGCCUACUAAUGAAACGUUUUUAAUUUUCCUACUUUGUUAAACUCAACAUUUAAUAUGCAUAAACUAACGGCGGUGGUAAAUAAAUGAAAAGAAAUUUGAAAAAAGGAAUAUGGCUGAGAUGUAUGCUUAUUACGAAAUACUUUCAAGUAAACUAUAAUAACACCAUAUGACUUUUAAUAUACUAAUAAAAAUUCUUAUUAAACCUAA